AUGAUUCUUCAAGUAAUAAUACUGACAAUCACGUUAUUAUUUUCACAAGGAAAAUGCGGAACUUAUAUACCGGAGAAAUAUACCGUAGAACAUAAUCCAAAUCUUCGACAGACGUAUCAAGCUACGUAUAAUCCUAUAGAACAGCAGCCACGAAUAGUGUAUGUCGACAAAGACCAAUACCCAAAGGGAUGGAAUGAAAAUAUCAUAAAAGACGAUCGUUCACCAAUAAUAUUCACAGACAAAGCGCCAAUAACAAUUAACUACAAUGGUAAUUCGGGACAAUCGUUAUAUGGAUUUAGAAACUCCUAUCCAACCGUACUGACGUCUCAAAAUAAAAUCAAGGUGAACUAUGAUGGUUUGCAUGACGAUGAUAUACCACCAAGCAACCAAAACAUUUGCCUGUUUUUGUCAAAAACCAUGGUCGAGCUACCGAGUGGUAUAGUUAUGCCAUAUUUAAAAUUCAAGACCAUCAGUCCAUAUCUGUCAGAAGACCAAAAAUCCGAUAUCCGAAUCAUACUUGACAACAAAAACAUGGCGUACGAAAAAUUCCAAGAAACAUUACGGUAUUACGGUUGCGACAAUUUAGAGGACUCACAGCAGCAAUCGGAGGUAAAUUUGACCAACUACGUCACGUUAGCCAACGGAACGCAAGUGGAAAUGAACGAAUACCGGAACAUAGUGAGCAGUAUAACUUCAGGUUCGGAAACAUUGAUGGUACCCAAUGUCGUUAACGGAAAGUAUUCGUUAUACCGUUCGCUCAUAGCGGACGAAUUACCGGAACUGAUACCAUCGGCAUUCGUCAUCACACACGCUGGAAUAGUAGUACCGUUUUCGUUGUAUUACGCUGUGGAUACGGAAUAUUUCCAAAGGCCGCCGGCAGCUGUUGAACUCAGGAUUCGACAGAUCAAAUGGCGCGACGGUAAACUCGUGGACGUACAAACCAUAAGAAACGUAAUCGAUGCACUGAAGACACCGACAAUAAUCAGUUUCGUUUUCCCGAACAAAAAACGCGUGCCGUUCGUUCAGUGUAACGUUAAAGAAUCAACGGAAUUAUACGAAUACGAUCCCGAAAAAGUAGUAGUGGACGUGGGCCAGUGCAAAAGCAUUAUAUUGUCGCAUUUCAAUGAUAUCCUUUUUGCAAUGCGUAUUCCUGAUGACAGAGGUGACGGUAAAUACAAACGGUUUAAUCCACCUGUGUUCGCGUGGGAUCCAAAGUGUAUAAAUAAAAUAAAUAUUUCCAAUAUUACAAACACUAUGAAUCCGCAGAACAAUAAUUGCACGGAACUUACAAAUAUUACUACCAAUCUUAAUACAUCGGGAAAAACUAACAACAUGACUAUAGAAAAUGAAAAUAAUGCUACUAAAACUCCAAUAUGUACAGAAAAAUAUACAAAAGAUGAACAAAAUAAUUAUUGUAGUCCAGUAAUUGAAGGAAAUGAAAUACCUAUAAUAAAAAACACCGAAAAAAACCAAACAGAAAUCAAGAACAUAACACUAAUUACACAAACUGUUGCAGAAAAUAAAAAAUUUGAACCAAAUAAUACUAAAAACAAUACCGUAACUACAGAAACUAAAAAUUCUACGACUCCUAAUCCAAAAAUUAAUCAAAAUAGUUCUAAUCCAACUAUUGAAAGUAAUAAUACGUUACCUAUAAUAAAAGAUGACUAUAACCAAACUGAAACUAAGAACUUGACUAUAAUCAAUAAUACACCAAUUAUUACAAAUAAUAUAACUGGUGCGAAUAAUACUAAUGUAUACGAAAAAUAUGAACCCAUCCAGAUUGACAACGAUACCGGAACUAUGGAAAUAAGAGAUAUAACUGAUCUGAACCAAACUGCAGUGCUAACUGAGAAUUCUCAAAAUGGUUCUAAUCCAGUGAUAAAAACUAACGAAAUAGCAGAGAUAACUAAUACCGACGAUUACCAAAAUCCAACAGAAACUGUAAACACAACUGAAAGUACGCCAAACCAUACGAAAAAUAUGGACGCGCCAAAUUCGAGUAGAAUAGACGACAGUACAUAUACCGGAAGUAAUGAAACUCCCAACGUCAUCAAUACUGCGGAAACGAUACAGACACCAGAAGCGGCAAUAACAUCCGACGCAGACGACAUCGGACCAACGGAAAAUCCUGACACAAUUUCUGAAACAAAUACUGCAACUGACGAUGAUAAGUUAGCUGACGUGUACAACAUUACAACGACUGGAAUGGCGGAACCAACUCAACCUACUCCAAUCUAUACUGAAACCAUUAAAACUCCAAAUAACGGUUCCGUGACGAAUAACGCUACUAAAAUCGUAAACAUCGUCGUAUACUAAAUCCCUUGUGAGGCGAAUAAUGCAAACAAUUACAAAAUAUACUAACUCGCGACC